AAGGGGGGGCGCGGGGCCCGGCGCCAUGGAGGGCACCCUGGAGCAGCACCUGGAAGACACCAUGAAGAGCCCGGCCGUGGUGGGCGUCCUCUGCACCGACUCGCAGGGGCUCAACCUGGGCUGCAGAGGAACCCUCUCAGAUGAGCACGCUGGGGUCAUCUCUGUCCUGGCCCAGCAGGCAGCCAAGCUCACCUCUGACCCCACUGACACGCCUGUGGUGUGCCUGGAGUCAGACACUGGGAACAUCAUGAUCCAGAAGCACGACAGCAUCACUGUAGCAGUGCACAAGCUGGCAUCCUGACCCUCAGCAGCCUGCCCACAGCUUCCCUCCCUCCUCCUCACUGGACAGCCAGCUCUCCUCUGCUGCUGCAGUGCCAGCCUCUGCUUGCAGACCCACACUUGGGCUCCUCUUCUCCACAGCUCCUCUGCAGCUGGCAGGGUCUUGCUCUGCAGCUCACACCUCAGCACUUGUGCUGCUGAGGAUGAAAUGGGAGCCACUGGCCAAGCUGGUGUGAUGAGCAGAUGCUACAAGGGGGGUGUGUGUGUG